CGCGAGCACCAUCUGAGGAGGUCCACUAAGUGACACCAACUCGGAUUAUUAGCAUUUCAGCUAAUUAAGUUUAUCUUUGGGACUUCGCGUGGUGCUCGGCAGCUCUUUUAGAUAUAUCUGUUUAAUUUGACCAACUAAUUAAAUGGCAGGCAAGAAGAAAGAAGCGAGUCUGCAGGUGUCUGUCACAAAUCAAGAACAGUGGGAGGAGAUGCUUGCAACCAAAGGUUUAACGGUUGUAGAUGUACACCAGCAGUGGUGUGGUCCCUGUCGAGCUGUGGUUAGUCUGCUACGAAAAAUAAAGAACGAACUGGGUGAUGACCUGUUACAUUUUGCCACAGCCGAGGCAGACAGCAUUGAUUCUUUGGAGAAAUAUCAAGGGAAAUGUGAGCCCACCUUCCUCUUCUAUGGGGGAGGGGAGCUGGUGGCUGUGCUACGAGGUGCCAACGCUCCUCUGCUUCAGAGGAUGAUUGUAGAGGAACUGGCCAAGGAGAAGCUGGUCCUGGAGCAAGGUGGUGAACGCAAAGUGGUUAAAGACGAUGGUCUGGUGAAUGAUGAGAAGAAAGACGAAGAGGGGGCACCUCAGCAGUCAGAAAAUGAAAAAAGCCUGACUGUUCCUGCAAGUAAAUCCUACACAGUUGCCAUCAUCAAACCAGAUGCUGUUGCUCACGGCAAGGCAAAUGAGAUAAUUAUGAAGAUCCAAGAUGCAGGGUUUGAAAUCCUGGCCCAGGAGGAGCGUACACUGACUGAGGUUGAGGCUCGAGAUUUUUACCAACACAAAGCAGCAGAGGCUUACUUUGAGGACUUGGUGCAGUUCAUGUCCAGUGGUCCCUCCCAUAUUCUGGUACUGUCUCAGGUAGAGGGCUCUGCCAAUGCUGUACCAGCAUGGCGUGAGUUCAUUGGCCCAGCAGACAUAGAGGAAGCCAGAAGAGAAAAGCCAGAAAGCUUGCGGGCACAAUACGGCACACAGACACUGUUCAACGCAGUGCACGGUAGUGAGGACAGCGACCAGGCCAGCAGGGAGCUUGCCUUCUUCUUCCCCAACUUUAGGAUGGCCUCAGUAAUGGAGCAGGAUGGCGAGGAAGAGCAUGUGGAGAGGACACUGGCUCUUAUCCGGCCUGACGUUGCCAGAGAGAACAGAGAAGACAUCCUGGCCCAAAUCCACCAGUCAGGUUUCUCAGUGGCCCUCCAAAGAGAGGUGAUCUUAACAGAGGAGCAGGUCAGACAGUUUUACUUCCAACAUGUUGAGGAGGAUUACUUCCCUGCACUGCUAAGAAGCAUGACCAGUGGGCCAGUGCUAGCUUUGGCUCUGGCUAGAACAGGGGCUGUCCAUUACUGGAAGAAUAUCCUUGGUCCCUCUGACGUUAAUAAAGCCAAAGAAGAGAGUCCUGACUGUCUAAGAGCCAAGUUUGCUGUGGAGAAUGAGCCCAUUAACCAGCUACAUGGCAGUGCAAGCCAUGAAGAGGCAGAGAGAGAGAUCAACUUCUUCUUCCCUAAACAGCGGACGCUGGCAGUGAUCAAACCUGAUGCCAUGGAGGAACACAGAGAGAAGAUUUUGGAGGAAAUCCAUGCCAGCGGUUUCUCUGUAACACAGCUGAAGGAGACAGUGCUGUCAAGGGAAAUGGCGGAGGAGUUUUACAAAGAGCACAGGGAGAAGCCUUUCUUCAGCCAGCUGGUGGAAUUCAUGUGUCGGGGGCUGUGCAUGAUGCUUGUCCUGACUAAGGAAAAUGCAGUGGAAGAGUGGAGGGCCAUGAUGGGUCCUACAGACCCUGACCAAGCUAAGACAACAUCCCCAAAUUCUCUGAGGGCCCGCUUUGCCUCUGACAUCCUCCACAACUCAGUCCACGGUGCCUCAAAUGAGCAACACGCAGAGGAGAAGAUCCGUUUUAUCUUCGGUGACAUCUGCUCAGAUGCAGAGCUCACCGGUGAUGGACAGACAGCAAAAGAGCCAGACAGUUCUGCAGAUGAAAACACGGGAAUGUCAAGAUCUUCAACUGAGGAAAUGUCUGAUAACCAUCAACAACACGAAGGUGACCCACAAAGUUUGAAUCCUUGCAGUCCACAGACCGGAGAGAGUGAUGAUCUGGAGCGUUCAAACUGAAUCAGCUCACCUUGUAUUCAUGGAUUUUUCCACAAUAUGUAAUUUUAGGAAUCAUGAAAUAAACAAGAUAAAUAUAUCUCACAUUUCCACCAUCACAAGGUGGUAUUUGGAGACCAUGUAUUCCUCAGCCAGUGAAAAGGAGAACCUGUAGACAGGGGGCUGAGUUCUUUUUGGUAGUUCACAAUAUAAAGGCUGUUUUUGGUAGCAACUACAGCUGUAGGGUACAUGACUAAGAGCAGGAUCAAACCAUCACCAAAAGGCAGCCAAUAAUUUCAGUGUUCACAGGAGACUUUGAUGAAAUCAGAGAGCAACAUGACCAAAUUGUCAAUAUCAGUGAACUCCUACCACGCUCUGACAAUAUCAAAUAUUCAUAAGAUAUUUUUCCCAUUUUUCUUGCAUGGGAGUAGGGGGUAGUUUAACAAUUGAGGAUUCUAGUUAAAUGAGCGGCGCAAAUGUUGAGAAGAACCAGACAGUUCAGGUU